AUGAGCUGUCGCUGCCUUGCUUGGAAUCCGCAGACCUGCCGCUGGGUCGCCCCGGACACCUUCUCGGCAGUCGGCCUGCAGGCGGCCGUGACUGAGCAGCCGAAGACCCCGGAGCAGCGGCAGGCCGCGCUGCAGGCGCUCUACUCGUGCCCUGUCUUCUCCAUCCACGUGCGCCAGCGGGACGGCUCCGAGAUCAAGGCCGCCCAAAAGAGCCUCCCCCGCCCCUGGCUGACCGAGGCGCCGGGCGUGUACCACUGUGGGUGGCACUCAGAGGCGUCGUUCGGCGGCGCGGGCUGGCUGCUCACGCGGCCUGGGGGGCGGGGCAACGUCUUGGUGGACGCCCCGAGGUUCAACCCGGCACUGGCCAAGGGCAUAGAGGAGCUGGGGGGCAUCGAAUACAUCUUCCUCACGCACAAGGACGACGUGGCCGACCACGCAAAGUGGGCGAAGCACUUUGGCGCCAAGCGCAUCAUCCACCAGAACGAGACCACAGAUCACCAGGGCACCAAGGAGUGCGAGAUCCAGAUCACGGGCGAGGGCCCGACCUGGGCGUUCCCGGACGGCGACGACGAUCUGACGCUGAUCGCAACCCCCGGGCACACGGAGCACCACGUGGUGCUGCACUCCAAGAGGCACAAGGCCCUUUUCUCCGGCGACCACCUGAGCGGGGCCGAGUACGCCGACUCCCACUGGAAGAUGAAUUCUGAGCUGUUCAUCUUCACAGAGGCCAACUGGUACUCAGUGCCGGAGCAGCUGCGCUCGGUGCAGAAGCUGCUGGAUUAUGACUGGCUGCACGUGCUGCCGGGUCAUGGCGUGCCCGCGCGCGUCGCCGACGCGGCGGAGCGGCUGCGGUCCGUCAGCGAGCUCCUGGAGCGCCACGCGGCCGUGGCUCAGGCGUGA